GCUACCCUAGUGGACAGUCCAAGCAGGAAGGCCUUUCUUCUUUACUCUCACGUUUCUCAAAAUUUCAGCCAUGGAGACAAUGCUGAGAUCUGUGCUUACUUUCACGCUCUGCACUCUUCUUUUAUCCCACAUUUCUGUCGAGACAUUAGCAACAACGAUAACACUCAACAACCCUCCCCUCUGGUCAGGUCGUUUCUGGGGUCGUCACGGUUGCUCCUUUGACGCCUCGGGUCGCGGCCGCUGCGCCACUGGUGACUGCGGUGGUUCUCUCUUCUGCAAUGGACUCGGUGGUGCCCCGCCAGCCACACUGGCGGAAAUCACCCUCGGCCAGGACCAAGAUUUCUACGACGUCAGCUUGGUGGAUGGUUACAACAUUGCCAUGUCGAUAAUCCCUUUCAAGGGCAAAGGCAAAUGCAGCUAUGCCGGGUGCGUCAGCGACUUGAACCUGAUGUGCCCCGUGGGGUUGCAAGUGAGAUCAAAUGAUAAAAAACGAGUGGUGGCGUGCAAAAGUGCUUGCUUUGCUUUCAACUCGCCGAGGUAUUGCUGCACAGGCGACUUUGGGAAUCCUCAGUCUUGCAAGCCAACUGCAUAUUCCAAGAUUUUCAAGACUGCUUGUCCCAAAGCAUAUUCGUAUGCAUACGAUGAUCCCACCAGCAUUGCCACUUGCACCCGCGGCAACUAUUUGGUCACUUUCUGCCCCCAUCGUCACUAGGAUCUUAUCGCACCAUAAUCCAUUGCUAUUUUCUAUAUACUUACUAUCAUCAAAUUUAGAUGUUAUGUCUACUACGUACGUAUGUCGUCUCUAAUCUUUGUAGUGGGUUUAAUUAAUAGAAACAUUAUUAUA